AUGGCUCGUGAUCGUCUUGCGGCCAUGAGGGCCCAGCAGGCCGGUGGGUACGGAGGCUACGGAGGAGGUAACAAUGGCUACGGCGAUCACUCUUAUCCUACACAACAACAAGGCGCUCCCCAGGCUGGCUAUGCUCAACCACAGCAAGGUCACCCUCAACAAGGCUAUGCCGCACCACAACAACAGCAGGGUGCAUACAACGCCUACGAUCAAGGCGGAUACGCCGCCCAACCUCAGCAGCAGACUGGGUACGGCCAGAUGCCUCAAGCCCAAUCCCAAGACGCUUAUGCUGGCGGCAACGCAUACGAAAUGCAAAACGUAACCUCGGAGAAGUCUGCGGGAGAUAUGAACUCUUUCUUCUCUGACAUCUCCGAAAUCCAAGACACCAUCCGUUUGAUCGAUGAAAACGUCAACAAGAUCUCCGACCUUCACUCUCGUUCACUUAACAACAUGGAUGAAGCUUCUGCUCAGUAUGCUGAGCAACAGCUCGCUUCCAUUCAACAGGAAACUUCUUCGUUGACUAGUGGUGUCAAGAACCGAAUCAAGCUCUUGCAGACUCAAACCAACAGGGUUCCGCCUGGUGGGGACAAGAAUGUGAGGAACACCCAGAUUGGUGCGGUUAAGAACAGGUUCAAGGAAAGCAUCCAACGCUAUCAGCAGGUGGAACAGAAUUACAGGCACAAGUAUAGGGCCAGAGCAGAGAGACAGUUCAGGAUUGUCAAGCCUGAUGCUACCCAGCAAGAAAUCAAGGCUGCAUUGGAUGAUGACCAGAAUGGUCAAAUCUUCUCCCAGGCACUACUCAACUCGAAUAGACAUGGUGAAGCCAAGGGCGCCUUGCGCGAGGUUCAGGAGCGUCACGAGGAUAUCAAGCGAAUCGAACGCACCAUUACUGAACUCGCACAGCUGUUCAACGAGAUGUCCAUCCUGGUCGACGAACAAGAUGACGCGCUCAACGUGAUCCAAGAACAAGGUCAACAAGUCGAAACAGACAUGUCCCAAGGCCUGCAACACACUCACAAGGCGGUGGAUUCGGCAAGGAAAGCAAGGAAGAAGAGAUGGAUCUGUCUCUGGAUCAUCAUUAUCCUCAUCAUCGUCAUUGCGGCCGUGGUGGCGGCGGUCAUUUGCACAAGGCCGGGUAACUGUGGGAUGAGUAAUGGAAACGAUAACAGGGUUGCUAGAAGGUCGUUGGUUGAAAGAAGUGUUCAUGCUGCACAUGGAUAUGUUAUGCCUCAGAAGAGGGCGACUGCCAUCUUGUUGCCUGACUUGGGCAUCUAA